GAAGCGAUUUUUUUCCCCCUUCUUGACAUCUGGCUUGCGAUUGGCUGGAAGGGCAUCAGCUGACUUUGUCAUUUUGUCUGUCCUGGAUUGGAGCCGUCCCUAUAACCAUCUAGUUCCGAGUACAAACUGGAGACAGAAAUAAAUAUUAAAGAAAUCAUAGCCCGACCAGGUAAAGGCAAAGGGAUGAAUUCCUACUUCACUAACCCUUCCUUAUCCUGCCACCUCGCCGGGGGCCAGGACGUCCUCCCCAACGUCGCCCUCAAUUCCACCGCCUAUGAUCCAGUGAGGCAUUUCUCGACCUAUGGAGCGGCCGUUGCCCAGAACCGGAUCUACUCGACUCCCUUUUAUUCGCCACAGGAGAAUGUCGUGUUCAGUUCCAGCCGGGGGCCGUAUGACUAUGGAUCUAAUUCCUUUUACCAGGAGAAAGACAUGCUCUCAAACUGCAGACAAAACACCUUAGGACAUAACACACAGACCUCAAUCGCUCAGGAUUUUAGUUCUGAGCAGGGCAGGACUGCGCCCCAGGACCAGAAAGCCAGUAUCCAGAUUUACCCCUGGAUGCAGCGAAUGAAUUCGCACAGUGGGGUCGGCUAUGGAGCGGACCGGAGGCGCGGUCGCCAGAUCUACUCGCGGUACCAGACCCUGGAACUGGAGAAGGAAUUUCACUUCAACCGCUACCUAACGCGGCGCCGGCGCAUCGAGAUCGCCAAUGCGCUCUGCCUGACCGAGCGACAGAUCAAAAUAUGGUUCCAGAAUCGCCGGAUGAAGUGGAAAAAAGAAUCUAAUCUCACGUCCACGCUCUCAGGGGGCGGCGGAGGGGCCGCGGCCGACAGCCUGGGCGGAAAAGAGGAAAAGCGGGAAGAGACAGAAGAGGAGAAGCAGAAAGAGUGACCAGGACUGUCCCUGCCUCCCCUCUCUCUCCUUCUCCCUCGCUCCCCCAACUCCCUCCUAAUCACACACUCUGUAUUUAUCACUGACACAAUUGAUGUGUUUUGACUCCCUAAAACAAAAUUAGGGAGUCAGAUAUGGACCUGCAAGUCAACUCUGGACCCUCUCCCUACCGCACAAACUCUCUCACCACGCGUCUUCUCUCCUUGCUCCCUGCUAGCUCCUUCUCGGCUUGUCCGCAGGCCCCUUCCCCCGCCCAGGCCUUGGGGGCUCCGUCCCUGAACCUCGCCUCAGACUCCAGGGAUCUCCCUCCAAGUGAGGACUUGGC